AUGGCCACGGAGAAGAGCCCAGAUGCAUCGUGGCGUGUUCACGACAAGGCUUUCCUUCGCAUCCAGGGCACAGACCCGUCACUGGAACUGUUGUUGACUGUCGACUCGUAUCCUUUUGCCCAUGAGGCGGGCGUUUUCAUUCCAUCGACGAACGAGCUUUUCAUCACGAGUAACCGGUACCACGACGAAGAUGGCAGCCAGAAGGUCCAGAUAUGCAAGGUCACCCUUGGGCCUCCUGUAUCCUUGGAAGAGAUCCAUUGUCCUGAGAUCGCCAUGGGAAAUGGAGGGGUGAACUACGGGGAAGACAUUCUUUUCUGCGCCCAAGGCUCGAUGACCCAACCCAGCGGCUUAUUCUCCAUGUCUCGAACACCACCAUACGCGGUCAACCCGGUUUUGACCGAUUUCCACGGCCGUCCCUUCAACUCCGUGAAUGAUGUGGUUGUGAGCCAGGAUGGCAGCAUCUGGUUCACGGACCCUCCAUAUGGCCACAAUCAGGGCUACAGACCACCACCUACCCUACCCAGUCAGGUCUAUCGCUUCGAUCCGGCGACUGGGUCGAUUCGUGCUAUGGCCGAUGGUUUUGGACGACCCAAUGGCAUCUGCUUUUCGCCUGACGAAAGUGUCGUUUAUGUCACGGACACCGAUUUCGUCAACGGUAAUGGCUCCACGGACGCGAGCAAAGCUUCUACCAUGUCAGUUCUGAAAAUGAUUUCAAUGGUGCUUCAUGCUGACCUGUCCUAG